AUGGCCACGCUAAAAGCCAUUUCCAUGCGUUUGAAGUCGGUAAAGAACAUCCAAAAGAUUACCCAAUCUAUGAAGAUGGUGUCAGCUGCCAAAUAUACUCGUGCUGAGCGUGAAUUGAGAGCUGCCCGUCCCUAUGGUGAGGGUGCAGUGCAGUUUUAUGAAAAGGCUGAGGUUGCAGUGCCUGAGGACGAACCUGCAGAGCUGUAUAUCGCCAUGACCUCUGACAGAGGUCUAUGCGGUGCGGUCCACACGGGUGUAUCCAAGGUGAUCCGCACCCGCCUCGCGCAGCCCGGCGCCGAGAACAUCAAGGUGAUCUGUGUGGGGGACAAGUCGCGUGCUAUCCUGCAGCGAUUGUAUUCGAAGCACAUCAUUAGUGUCGCUAAUGAGAUUGGUCGUCUCCCUCCAACAUUCCUCGACGCAGCCAAACUCGCCAACGCCGUCAUGACGUCCGGCUAUGACUUUGGCUCCGGCAAAAUUGUUUACAACAAGUUCAGGUCUGUUGUGUCUUACGCACAGGCGGACUUGCCAAUGUUCAGCAAGAAGGCUAUUGAGUCCGCACCAAAACUCGCGGUCUACGAUUCCCUCGAUUCCGACGUUUUGCAAUCUUACAUGGAGUUUUCUCUGGCCUCCAUGUUGUUCUACGCUCUGAAGGAGGGCGCUUGCUCCGAACAGUCCUCCCGUAUGACGGCCAUGGACAACGCUUCUAAGAACGCGGGAGAGAUGAUAGAGAAACUCACUCUCACUUUCAACAGGACCCGCCAAGCCGUCAUCACCAGGGAACUUAUCGAAAUUAUCUCUGGUGCUGCCGCUUUGGAA